AUGCCCGAUUGCCAACCUGGUGUUUUGAGCUGUCACUCCAUAUCUCCCUCUGUGUCGGUCUCGGCUUGGAGAACAAGGCACCAUGCAUCACCCAACUUGGUAAUCGGAUGCCUCAAAAAGGGCCUGAUCUUCUUCAUCUCCUUCCCCCUCUCCUCAUCCCUCGAUGAAGCCGGUGAUGACCCCACUACCGACAAUGCCCUCGUGACAACACCUUUUCCCAAGCGCUUGACAUCACGCUCCCAGCCUGUCCCACUAAUUACAGCUGCCCUUUUGACCUUGGAGGCCACGCCAGGAGCCAACAAAAGGCACCAUCUAACACGACAUCACACUGGCCGUGAUUGGAUCUCCUCCCCCUCAUUCAUGCUGCGGAUACAGAAGCUUCUGAUAGGCCCGGAACCAACCCCUAUCAAUUCGCCACCGAGCAAAGGGGUCCCAGGGUCCAGAAACGUGUUCCCGCAUCCCCGGGAGGAUCUGAUCGGCUCUUGACCGACAUCUUGAAACAUGGACCUCGUCACAGGUGAAGCUUGGUGCUUGGGAUGAAAAAGCCACCGAGGGGCUAAUGGAAGCCACAGAGGGGCUCACACUUUGGGCGCGGCUGGACCCCGGCAUGCCGACGUCAUCGGGCCGCCGAUCCCGAGCUAGCCGAUAACGCUCGUGACUGAUCAUGUGAUUUCCAACGUGACUUGAUCUGUGGGCUGAGCCGAUUAUGUAACCCUUCGAAUUAGGUAAGCGGACCUCGAGACAGAAACUUCAGAUCCUCAAUUUGGAAGUGAUCGCGAGGUCCAUCCCCAGACCGUACGAUCUGUC